AUUGCUAAGAGGCCUUGGAUACCUGGCAUUGGGAUGCUGGGUGGCAUCAGGUGAAGAUGGUGGUCACCAGGCCUCAGGUAACCAUGGAGAAAGAGCUUUGGAGCACCAUUCUUUUCAAUGCAUACAAAAAGGAAGUAUUUAUCACCAACAAUGGCUAUAAAUCGAUGCAGAAGAGACUUCGGAGCAAUUGGAAGAUUCAGAGCUUAAAAGAUGAAAUCACACCUGAGAAUUUAAUUGGUGUGAAAUUGUGGAUUACAGCUGGGCCAAGGGAAAAAUUUACUGCAGCUGAGUUUGAGGUCCUGAUGAAAUACAUUGACGGCGUUGGAGAUAUCCUUGUGAUGCUAGGAGAGGGUGGGGAAUCCAGGUUUGACACCAAUAUUAAAUUUCUCCUGGAAGAAUAUGGAAUCAUGGUUAAUAAUGAUGCUGCGGUUAGAAAUGUAUAAGUAUUUCCAUCCUAAAGAAACUCUAGUUUCCAAUGGA